AUGGGUUCUUUCAAUCCCUUCCCUCAAUCCCCUCCAGUGUCACCUCCCAAUGGCUAUGAGGGCGUCCAAGGCUUUUCGACGCCUUUGUUCCCGGCCAAACCGAAUAUCCUCUUCAUCAUGGCGGACCAACUUGCUGCUCCUUUGUUGAAGAUGCACAACCCAAAGUCCCAGAUCAAGACGCCCAACCUCGACAAGCUGGCGGAGCGCUCUGUCGUUUUUGACUCGGCGUAUUGUAAUUCUCCGCUGUGUGCCCCGUCUCGGAUGUGUUUGAUCAGUGGCCAAUUGCCUUCAAAGAUUGGCUCGUACGACAACGCCUGCUCCAUUCCGUCAGAGACACCAACAUAUGCGCAUUACCUGCGAGCUGCUGGCUACGAGACCACUCUGGCUGGCAAGAUGCAUUUCAUUGGGGAUCAACUUCACGGCUAUGAGAACCGGUUGACUUCUGACAUCUACCCUGGUGAUUUCGGCUGGGCGGUGAACUGGGACGACCCUGGCCGAAGACUCGAGUGGUACCACAACAGCAGCUCUAUCUUGCAAGCUGGGCCGUGUGUGAGGACCAAUCAGCUGGACUACGACGAGGAGGUCCUGUACAAGUCAAAGCAGUAUCUUUACGACCAUGCGAGAGCGCCUGCCGGAAAACGACCAUUCGCUCUUACAGUUUCCUUCACGCAUCCUCACGAUCCCUAUGCCAUCGAGGAGAAGUAUUGGGAUUUGUACGAAGGCGUCGAUAUCGACCUGCCAAAUGUGAACAUCGGCGAGGAAGACCAGGAUCCACACAGCAGACGCUUGAUGCAUGUCUGCGACAUCGAGGGCCACAAAUUCACGGAUGAGCAGAUCAAACGCGCUCGCCGAGCGUAUUAUGGUGCCGUGAGCUACGUCGAUGAUUGUAUUGGCCAGUUGCUUGACGUUCUGAAGAAGUGUGGGAUGGAAGAUAACACCGUUGUUAUGUUCUCCGGUGACCACGGGGAUAUGCUGGGCGAAAGAAGCCUCUGGUACAAGAUGUCGUACUUCGAAAAUUCCGUCCGGGUGCCUAUGUUGAUCAGUCAUCCAAAACAAUUCCAUCCUCACCGUGUCUCUCAAAAUGUCUCGACUCUGGAUCUCAUGCCAACUCUUGUGGACCUGAUCGGAUCAAAGUUGGUUCCUGGACUGCCCAUGGACGGUCUGUCCUUGUUACCUCAUCUCUACGGUAGUGACGGUGGCCAUGAUACCGUCUUUGCCGAGUAUAUGGGCGAGGGAACCGUGGCUCCCCUAAUGAUGAUCCGACGAGGCGACUGGAAGUACAUCACAUGUCCAGCUGACCCUCCUCAGCUGUUCAAUCUACGAAAGGACCCCCAUGAAUUGACCAACCUGGCUACUAGCCAAGACCCGGAAACUCUGGCUGUUUUCAAAGCUUUCGAGAAAGAAGCAAACCAAAAGUGGGACUUUAAGAAAAUCACCGACGAUGUCCUGAGGUGUCAGCGUCAACGUCGAUUGGUUUGGUCGGCCUUGACCCAAGGCCGCUUUGAGAGCUGGGACUGGAAUCCCAUCGAUGAUGGCCGCAUCAAGUACAUCCGGUCUCAGAUCCCCCUGGACGAACUCGAAAGGCGAGCUCGAUAUCCUAUGCACACCAACGUGCCUGCCCAAAUUUCUGUCAACAACAAGGCUGAAGUGGUUUGCCUGCAGCCGAAGAGGUUGACCGAAAUUGCGAGCGACGGUGUCCACUAUCGUUGA